AUGGCCACCGACGACGGCAAUGAAAGCUCCGUGCUCCUACUUGUGCUGGCUCUCGCUGUGGAAGGCAGGGAACGAAAGAAGAAGCGACAACGCGGGCCCAACUAUCUCACUAGGGGUGAUCUCCACCCUCACCCACGAAUUGGAACCGCUUGCUCGAAAUGUAACGACAUCAGUAUUGCUGAGGUUCUGACUAAUAUUGCUGGUGUGAAUAGAUGGAACGCCACUCCAGUACCAAUGUCAGACGUCAACGACGUGGGUGAUCCCAGGCUGGACCGACGAUCGCUUUCCCCUGCAGCGGCGCUAUCACUUAUGCUACACUAUCUCUGCUCGUCGAUGCCCGAGCAUUCACUCUAA